CCUACACUUCCAUCGUAGUAUCUUUGGGUCACUAGGAAUGUGAUGUUUACCGUAAAGAAAAAAAAAGUUUCUCUACUCCAUCCAUCCUAAAAACUAAAAAGAAUACCAGCUAAGAUUUUUAAUUUUGUACCGUAGAAAAUUGCAAUCCUGAAUUUUAGAGCAGCAAGUGGGGCCCACCGUAAUGAAACUCACGACCACAUCUGCUCAGUUCUCCACAGCCACAGUUUCUUCGAAAAAGUUCUCCACAGCCACACACAUUUUUCAUUUUUUUUCCUUCCCUUCCCUUCCCUUCCUCGCCUCCUCCUCAUCCGCAUCUAAUCGUCUUCUCCCCUCCACUGCUAUGGCUGGUGGUGAUGGUGGGCCCAUCAAGUGGCAUGGCAGCGGGAUCCGCGGUCGCUGAGUUGGUUUUCAGCUGUGAUCCUCAUUGCCUCAGUUUUUAGCUGAUGUAAAACAGUUUUCAGUGACGCCAAUGGCUGAUUUCUUCCAUCUAGAUGCACGAGAGACCUUUCAAUACACAAAUGAGCAAGAUAUGGAUGUGAUUAAGCUGGCUAAACGCCUUUUGUCAUCCACAAUUGCCAGUGCCUUCAGCUUUUAGAGCAUGCAGCCAUGUCUGUUGUGACGAUUGCAAGGUCAAAUUGAACUAAAAUAAGUGGAAAACAGCAUCACCAAGAGCAAGAGCAAUCGCGUGGCGAAAUUGUGAAUGUCGCCGCGCCUUGCUAAGAUUAGCAGUAAGGGAAACCAAAAGUAUAAUGACCUACCUAGGAUUGCGACGCGCAAUCCCGUUUGCAGCAUACUACUACAUGGUAAGCAGGCGUGGGGGAUUAUAAAGGUGUAACAGUCCAUUAACACUUGAAAGGGAAGCCAUAUCUACUAUCUAGUACAAAAUGGACACUGAGUACACGAUGAUGGCGGGUUAACAAUAAGUUAAAUCAGCAUUAGGAGUCGCAGUUUGUUUACUUCUUUCUUCCCUUUGCUUACUAGAUAGUACUUCCUCCGUUCAUAAAACAAAUUAUGGGAUCCGUGGUCAAAAUAGUUCAGGUUUGAUCAUAUUUAUAGUAAAUAGUAUUAGCGCUUAUGUCUCCGUAUAAAUUAAUUAUGAAAAUAUAUUCUGUAACUAAUCUAAUGAUGUUUAUUUUGUACACGAAUGUUAUUACUUUUUUAUAUACCUAAGUUUAAAGUGUUUGAUUUAUCAAAAGUGAGAGUUGCAUUCUUUAGUGGAUGGAAGAGUAGUACAUCUUACAAUGGAUCAGACGUGCCCAAACAUGCUCCACAAUCUACACUCACGACACGUGUGGAUGCAUGGACAUGUGCUCGUUUGGUUUCCCGCGGGAAAGGCACCGGCGUCCCGUACCCCAAGACCAUGUCCAGCCGCUUGCCAUCCCCUGCGAGGCUGCGAGGGAGAAGGGGAAUGGAAGCUCGCGCCUCGCGCUCGGGCGGCCACAGCCCCCCGCGCCCGGUUUGAGGCUUUGACUUCGGAUCGGAGCCCAUCGACCAGAGACAGCCCAGCCACUCCGCCGCGCGCCUCCCGGCGCCGAGGUCUCCCUCUCUCCCCUGCGAACGGAGGUCAAAUGGCCCGGGCCCCGACGCCAUUUACUCGCGCGUCUCAGCGCCCCUUGCUCGUGUCUCCCUCGCUCGCUCAUUUCCUCCCCCUGGUCAACCGCGCCGCUAAAUUUUUUCCCUCUCGCCUUGGUCUGUGGGUACGCCUCGUUUCCGGGUCGUGUCCUGGCAGUGGCAAGAUGCUCGGUGACGGUGCGUGAGAAAGUUGCAAAAGUCAAACAUGAACAAUGGUGUUUCGCCGGGUAGAUGGGCUACCGGAUCGUUUCGGAUGUCGAUUCAGUUCUAGUCUGAGUACAACGUCCAGUUUCUUUGGACAUGGCAGCAUCGCAAGUCUAAAAAUCCAUUCAGCAUCGCAAGUAGUAUUGGCUUAGAAUAGCUGAGUUCUAGUAGUUCGAUCAGCUAAAACUCUGAAUAACUUUAGCGGAUCCAGGCAGAUUAUUGGGGGUAAUCGGGCUAACCUACCUAUCGGAUCAGAGUCCGCACAGCAGAUGUUUUAGCACCCCGAGGCGGUGAUGCACACGCACCAUUUUUUGUUUUGUUUUACCAGCUAGUACUAUCUCAUCGGGGCAAGGGCAUGCGCAUGGCGCAUGAGAGGUGUUCUCCCAAGAAACCCCAUCGUCUAGCUGGCUUAUAUAUGUGUAUCUUCCUCCAGCUUCUGUUGGCCACGGCAGCAACGCAGUGGGGAGGGAAAGAGCUAGAGAGAUCCGAUCAAGCAGGCAGCCGUCACAGCGUAGCGAUCGUUCGCGUCCUCUCUGACAGGAAACAAUGAUCGUGCACGGGAGGAGAACGGCGGCCAUGACGCUGCAGGUCUGCCUUCUGUGCCUGCUGGUGGCUCCUCCCCUGCUGGCGAAGGGCGCUCGGCCGUCCAGGAAGCUCCUGUGGACGGCGCAGGAGGAGCCGAGCCACGGCGGCCUCGGCAGCCACGGCACUGGCGCCGCCGCAUCCGCGACCCCGGAGCCGUGCAGCGGCGGCGCCAGGGGUUCAGGGAGCAGAGCAAGUGCAGGCACGGGCGAGGCGCAGUGUGAUACGGUGAGAUGGGCAGAAAUUCACACGGAUUACAUCUACACCCAAGAUGUCAAGCACCCGUAAGCUGGUGUAGCUAGAUAAGCUAAGGUGCUGGCUCGUGAUCGAUGCCAAGUUUCUGAACGCCAGUUUUGGUUGGACUUUGGAGGCGUUUAGCAGUGCUGUACGGGGCGUGUAUGAUUAUUAAUUAAUUACUCAGUAACUAGUAGUAUUUCAGUAAAGCUUUGGCACUCAUGCCAGCUAGACAUCGUCGUAGUAGUUCGUUUAGUAGCACCAUCCCAUGCAAAACCCUUGUAAUCUAACCAGCUUCCAGUUCUUAUUAGAAGGAUGUGUGUUCCUUUGUAAUUUACCGAGAAUAUUAAUUAAGCAUGCGUCUUCUUUA